AUGUAUGAAGUUGAUGAGAUCGAAUGGAACAUUUGCCUUUUGCACUCUCUUUAUUUAGAGGAUUCAUCUGAUGAUAUUUGUCUAACCGCUGCUCACUUCGCUCUACAAUAUUUGUGGGUUGCCUGUGGCACGACCAUUUACGUCCUUGAAAAGAAGGCCAGAUCAGAGAUUUCAGUUUACCAAAAAAUCAGUUUAUUUUCUGAAUGUGAAGAUAUUAAUUUUAACAUCAGUUCAAUUUGUUCGUUCGGGGAACAAAUUUGGUGUCUCAUUGAGAAUUUUAUAGUUGAAAUCGAUUCUGAAACAUUUGACAUCAUAUGUUUUUUUGACUGCUCAUUAUCAAAUUUCGGCGAAACCAUUACCAAUUUCAAUUUGAAUGAUUUGCUUCGAAGUCUAUCAAAUUCAGACACAUUGUUCAGUCUAAAUUCUUUAAAAGAUGAGUUAGGACUUUCUGGAUUAGGUAACAAAGAUCAAAUAAUACAAUCAUGUAACAUUAAUAAGAGUACUCUUGAGUUAGAAAAAUCUGCUAAAAUUCGCCGCAAAAGAUCAUUAAGAUUAUUUCGUGGAAAAAGGAAAAAACCUAAUUCAAAGGUGAUAAAAAAUUAUAGAAUUAAAUCAAUUGAAUGUUGCAACGGUAUACUUUGGGCUGGAUCGAUAUCCGGAGAAAUGAUAUUAAUUAAUGUCACUCAAAACAGCAGCAGUAAAGUGGAGUAUGGACAAGUUUUGAAUGUUAUGUGCAACGAAGACAAUGCUCAAGACCACAGCAAUGAAGAUUUUCAACUGAGCCACAUGUUAAAAAUGCCAAUAGGAAGUGAUUCAGAAAAUGAAUCCGAAAGUACAACGGGGUCAUGUUCAUUGAUGACCAUGAUGAGUUACAAAAAGAAAAAACUGCCACACAAACGAGUGAGACUUCUAAUCUGGAAUUGCCUGGACACUAUCGCCUUACAUUCAUUUACUGGUCAUGGCUUGGUCAUGGUCAUACUCUUCCAAAAUUUAAAGGAAUCAACAACACUAAACAGCAUAUGUGAAACGAUGUAUCACACUAGUAUUCUAACUCGGCCACUGCGUAAAAAGACAAGACAACUUUAA